CGGUGGCGGUAAAAACGACGGUCUGUUGCGCUCCUAGUUUUCCGUUUUCACCCCGUCGGCGGCGCACGUACCCCGCGAGCGUUCGAUUGUGUACAACAGUCAUAUCGUCCGCCGCGUAAAUACACCGUGCGAUCCGCACUUGUCGGCGAAUGACGACGAUUCGAUAGAUAAAAUAACACAAUAUUAUCGUCGUUGAGCUAUACUAAUACUGGAAAACGCUCGGUUACACCUGCGCGCGACGACAAUCGCGGUCGAUAACAAUAACGGCGUAAUAUAUAUACUCGUAUAUAAGAUAUAUAUCGUAAUAAAACAAUCGUCAACGUCUGUAUAAUAACUGCAGUCGUCUACACCUAUUAUACGUUUUACGAGGACAAGACUGCAAGUCCGGAAGCCCGCACAGCAGCCGUGCAGAGUCUGUGUGCGCUCGUCAGCGGCGGAGACCGGACACCGACGAGAUAUUUCCGCGCCGGAUCAACCGCACACGGCGAUUUCCCGCGGCUGAUUGUUGAUAAGGAAACGAAAUCAUCGCCGCAACUAUGCCAGCCAUCGUAGCCAACGAGUUGCAAGACAUGCAAUUGCGAUCGGCCCACGUAACGGACGAGUCUCUGGAGAGUACCCGUCGGAUGAUCGAACUCUGUGAAGGGACGAAGGAAGCAGCCAUUAAAGCUCUAGUCGAAUUAGAUGAUCAAGGCGAAAAAAUGGACAGGAUCGAGGAAGGAAUGGAUCAAAUAAACGCGGACAUGAAGGAAGCAGAGAAAAACCUUACGGGCAUGGAAAAAUGUUGUGGUAUUUGCGUGCUGCCUUGCAACAAGUCGACAUCUUUCAAGGAAGACGAAGGCACGUGGAAAGGAAACGAAGAUGGCAAAGUAAUAAACAAACAACCCCAGCGUGUAAUCGAGGGACCGAACGUCACGCCACAGGGUGGAUAUAUUGUGAAGAUUACAAACGAUGCCAGAGAAACGGAAAUGGAUGAAAACUUGGGACAAGUAAACACGAUGAUUGGUAACUUGAGAAACAUGGCGUUGGAUAUGGGUUCCGAGCUUGAAAAUCAAAAUCAACAGAUCGAAAAAAUCAGCACUAAGACAAAAUCAAACGAUUUGCGGAUUUCAGCGGCCAACCAAAGAACAAGAAAUCUUCUUAAAUAAACCACUAAACAUUAACCUUAUGCACGCGCGAUUUAUGGUUGUCAAAAUCGAACAUUAUAAAUGGAUUUUUUUUUUACAUACUCAAACUUCGUGAGUAAAUAUCGUGUCUUCCCUGCAUGUCGUGUUAAACUUAAUACAGCAUUAAAUAAUAUUAUAGAAAUAGGUUUAUAAAAUAAUAAUAAUUUAUAAAUAGAUGUAUUACAUGUGGUUUAUAGUAUCUAUAUAAUAAAUAUAUUGUGCGCUUCUGUUCAAUAACUGGUGUAGACACUUUGAAUACAUACAAAAUAUCUAAUAAUAUCGGUAUUAACAAAAUUCUCAUUUACAACUUUCACCAACUCGUGACAAGUUUUCAUAUUAGCAAGCGUCAAAAUUAAUUUUUUGAUGGACAGUCGGACAGUUUUGGAUUUUUUUUCAUAAACCUUUUAAAGGUCUCGUGUUUAUUCUAUUUGUAUACAUAGCAUUUUAUGUCUAUCGACAAGUUACAAAAGACAUCCUUUCACUUUUUAUAUGAUAAAUAAUGCACGUUUCAUAAAAAUAUAAAAUACAAAUAAAUAAUAAUGCCGUUGAAAUUCCAAUUUAAACUUGCCGCCAUAAACCGAACUAUCGUGAUUAUAAUUUAGUUAUACUCAGUGACUAUUACUAUUUAUAAUUGGCACUUGCAUUUGUGUACGAGUGUAUAAUACAGUAAAAUAUAAAACUUGAAUAUUAUACAGAUCCGUCCACUUCAUAACUAAAAACAGAGUUCAUUAUUUUUGCUAAACAAACUCUGAAUUUAAUAAUUACGAGUGCGUUGAAAUUCUUCUUUU